AAAGCGACUAAAGCACAAUCAGAGCCUCUCGCUUGGGAUUCUCUUCCUAUCUUCACCUUCCAUUUUGUCAGAUAGGGUUGCCCCCUUCUGAGUUCCCACCACCCAUGGCCGAAGCUUCUAGGAUCUUCCACGCUACCCUCCUCCCAACGUUCUCUCCACAACUCCACCACAAGCUACGUCACUCUCACAGUCACACCUUCCCUUCGCUUAGUUUCAAGAAAGAACGCUCAGUAGUUCAAUGCUCAGUUUCCACAAGCGAAACCAGGACGACGUCGUCGAAUACGACACAGGAAGUCCCUUGGGGCUGCGAUAUUGAUUCCUUGGAGAACGCUGAGGAUCUUCAAAAAUGGUUGUCAGAUUCAGGCUUGCCUCCACAGAAGAUGGCUAUAGACAAAGUGGACAUAGGGGAGAGAGGAUUGGUUGCUUUGAAGAAUAUCAGGAAGGGGGAGAAGCUUCUCUUUGUGCCUCCCUCGCUUUUCAUCACUGCAGAUUCAGAGUGGAGUUCCCCAGAGGCUGGUCAAGUAUUAAAACAGUACUCUGUUCCAGAUUGGCCACUUAUAGCAACCUAUCUUAUUAGUGAAGCAAGUUCCAGUAAAUCUUCAAGAUGGAGCAAUUACAUAUCCGCCCUACCCCGACAGCCUUAUUCACUCUUGUACUGGACACGUGCAGAACUAGACAGGUAUCUAGAAGCUUCGCAGAUUAGGCAGCGGGCGAUUGAAAGAGUUACUAAUGUCAUUGGAACAUACAAUGAUUUAAGACUCAGGAUAUUUUCCAAGUAUCCUGAUUUAUUCCCUGAAGAGGUAUUCAAUAUGGAGACAUUCAGAUGGUCCUUUGGCAUUCUUUUCUCACGAUUGGUGAGGCUGCCUUCAAUGGAUGAAAAGGUUGCCUUGGUUCCUUGGGCAGAUAUGCUCAACCAUAGCUGUGAGGUGGAAACAUUUUUGGAUUAUGACAAAUCAUCACAGGGGGUUGUCUUUGCAACAGAUCGGGCUUAUCAGCCAGGUGAGCAGGUUUUCAUAUCAUAUGGCAAAAAAUCUAAUGGAGAGCUGUUGUUAUCUUAUGGAUUUGUUCCAAAAGAGGGCACAAAUCCUAGUGAUUCAGUAGAGCUACCUCUAUCGCUUAAAAAAUAUGACAAAUGUUAUAAGGAGAAGUUGGAAGCUUUAAGGAAGCAUGGAUUGUCUGCUUCUCAGUGUUAUCCUAUACAAAUCACUGGUUGGCCACUGGAGUUAAUGGCAUAUGCUAACCUGGCAGUCAGCCCUCCAAGCAUGAGCCCACAGUUUGAAGAGAUGGCUGCCGCAGCAUCAAAUAAAUCUACAACCAAGAAGGACUUAAGAUACCCUGAAAUUGAAGAAAAAGCACUACAAUUUAUUCUUGACAGUUGCGAGUCAAGCAUAUCAAAAUACUCCAAAUUCUUGCAGGCAAGUGGCUCCAUGGAUUUGGAUGUGACAUCUCCAAAGCAACUAAACCGAGGAGUGUUUCUGAAACAGCUAGCAGUAGAUUUAUGUACAAGUGAGCAGAGAAUACUAUUUCGUGCUCAACAUAUACUGAGGAGGAGAUUGAGGGAUAUGAGGAGUGGUGAACUGAGAGCUUUAAGGAUCUUCGAUGGAUUGCAAAACAUUUUUAAAUAAAGGUUUCCUUCAUGCGGCCUGUUCUUGGUUUUGGGGAUGAACAGAGUUAGUUUAUGUCUGGUGGAGUUCUGCUGUAAACUCAAACCUAGGGAGUUAAAGUGAGGCAAGGCAACUUACAGAAAUUCUGUCCCGUUCAAUGUAACAAUGUAAUGUUCUGACAUGAAUCCCUAUAAAGAAGCAACUCUUUUUUAAGUUACUUACAUUAUCUGCAAACGUUGCUUGUAAUGUUGCUUGCAUAUACAGGCAUUGAUUGAUCUAAAUGUGUGAUUUAUGAACUCCACCAUGCGUGCCCAAUGGUGCAU